CUUGGCUCUAACAUCACUUUGAUGCUAAUUUGAAUGGGAAAUGUGUCAUUUCGGGUGAUUACAAAAGGAUCUUAUCAGCAGGCAGGCAGCCUCACUUGGGAACGGCAAAUUAAAACAUUUUUCAUAAAAUGUAAUGCAGAUUGUUUGAGACCUAAUUUAUUUCAUUUUUCAAAGUGUUCCCUCUAACAUAUUCAUUGGAUGAGUUCCCUGCACGAUAACAGCAAUUAGCCAAUUACAAAACAGAAACCGCUGAAAGGACCUUAGGGGUAAUUUUCAGUAAUGGAACAAAUGUCGGGAGAACUGCACGCUGCCUCGUUGCUUUACAUGCGGCGACUGAUGAAGUGUUUGGGAAUGCUGCCUUUCGGUCAGAAUCUGUUCUCGAAAGGGUUUUGCUAUGUGCUACUCUUUGUGUCACUGGGAUUUUCGAGCUACUGGCGCUUCAGCUUCGAUUAUGAAUUUGACUAUGAUUUCCUAAACGAUCGAUUCUCCAGCACCAUCGACCUGAGCAACUUUGUUGCCCUAGUUUUGGGUCAUGCUAUUAUCGUAUUGGAGCUAUUGUGGGGAAAUUGCAGCAAGGAUGUGGAUAGGCAACUGCAGGCGAUCCAUUCCCAAAUAAAACUGCAACUGGGUACUUCGAAUAGCACGGAUCGUGUGCGGAGAUACUGCAAUUGGAUCUAUGGAUCCCUAAUCAUACGAUGGCUAAUAUUUAUCGUGGUGACUAUAUAUAGUAAUCGUGCUCUUACCAUUAACGCCACCUACUCGGAAUUGGUUUUCCUGGCUCGUUUUUCCGAGUUCACACUGUACUGUGCUGUGAUUUUGUUUAUUUAUCAAGAACUUAUCGUUGGAGGCUCCAAUGUUCUGGAUGAAUUGUACAGAACCCGAUAUGAGAUGUGGUCCAUACGCCGUUUAUCCCUGCAGAAAUUGGCCAAGUUACAGGCAAUCCAUAACUCUUUGUGGCAGGCUAUCCGUUGUCUGGAGUGCUACUUUCAACUGAGCCUGAUCACACUGCUCAUGAAGUUCUUCAUCGAUACUUCUGCUUUGCCAUACUGGCUCUACCUCAGCAGAGUUGAGCACACAAGGGUGGCUGUGCAGCACUACGUCGCUACGGUUGAGUGCAUCAAACUCUUAGAGAUUGUAGUGCCCUGCUAUCUCUGCACGCGAUGUGAUGCAAUGCAGCGAAAGUUCCUAUCGAUGUUCUACACAGUCACUACCGAUCGACGUAGUAGUCAACUAAAUGCAGCUCUAAGAAGUCUAAACCUUCAGUUGAGUCAGGAGAAAUAUAAAUUUAGUGCCGGAGGAAUGGUGGACAUAAACACAGAAAUGCUGGGAAAGUUCUUUUUUGGAAUGAUCAGCUAUAUUGUAAUCUGCAUUCAGUUCAGCAUCAACUUCAGGGCCAAAAAAAUGAGCAAUGAGCAAAUGAGUCAAAACAUCACAUCCACAAGUGCCCCCAUUUAAAUGACCUCUUCGAAUCGAUUAUUGUUGAGCAGUCUAGUCGCGUGCUUAUUAAAUUAAAGUCAAUUAACCUAAUUAGCAAAAUUGAUGUCUGCCCGUGCAUAAUCAAAAAAGGACAAGGGGCAAUCAGAGCAGCAGCAAGCAACAGCAGCUGGCCGAAAGUCUACUUCACAUAAUUAUUCAUGCUUAAAAAUUCUAUUAUAAACUUUUGCCAACGGCCACUGACCGUUCGUGUAGGAUUCAGGAUUCUGGACUAAGGACGCGGGGAGGUCCUGGGGAUACUUAUGCUCAUGGCUUGGGCUUGUUGGCAACGCAUGGCCAAUCUGUCAGGGGUUCAUACGUAAACUAAUGUUUUUGAAAGAUACACUUUUACAGUGACUUGUUUCCAUUAUAUCUCAUUUAAUAGAAAAACAUUUAAUAGAAUAAACAUUUUAAUAAAUGAAUGUAUAUUCUGUCAGCUUUCUGAG